GUCGCUUCGUUGCCCGCGGUCCGCUGACCAUUCUGUGGCACACUUCUACAUUCGUAGAUGUUUCAGAUACAGUUGCAGGGUCCCCUGCCCGACCAUCUAUAUAUAUAUGCCGUUUCGUCCUAUACUUGCUUUCUCACUCUCUCUGCUCUAUCUCUCCGAUGUUCUCGGCAAUUUGAAUCGGCGAGAUGACUUCCGGUGGCGGAUGCGGAUCAUUAGGGUUCCUCUGAUUAGAUCUGUUUGGCAGGGGCUACUAAGACCAGACUAAUGAGAGCUGCUUUAAACAUAUAAAAACAAUGGAGGAAAUUCCUGAAAUUUCAGUUCUGGACUAUGUUAUUUUUAAUGUAUCAGCUUUGGAUAACAGUUAUGAAGCACUUAUUUGUAGCAAUGACAUUAUUGAAAAUCUUACCUGUGGUCCUCUGGAUCAGCUGGCUGUACAUUUACCGGAAGCAAGAUCAUCUCCUUCGCAUGGUAGCUUCAAACUGCAGCUUGAUGAAAGCAUUGAGACCUCAUUAUGGUUCAAUAAAUUUACUGUGGCAAGAUUUUUGCAUAUUGUGAAUGUGCCCAAUAUGCUGAAUCUUGCCAACACAAUUGAGAAUGAAAUUUCUCAAUUGGAGGAAACCCGGAAGUUUCACAUUGCUCUUUAUGCAAAGGGUCACUUGCUGAAUUCUGCAGGCCGUACAGAUGAUAUCAGCUGCUUGAAUGAUCUGGAUCGAACUCGUCAAGUCGAAGUCGAAACUGUGUCGUCAGAUGCUACAAAGAAUGAACUGUUGCGAGCAUUGGACUUGAGACUCGCAGCAUUAAAGGAAGAAUUAACUUCCGCUUUCAAUCGUGCUUCUGGUGCCACUUGCUUUAGCAACCAAAUUUCUGAUUUGGCAUCAUUUGCUCAGCAUUUUGGUGCAACCGAAUUGAGGAAAUCAUUGUUGAAGUUUUUUGAACUGUGUCCAAAUAUGAUGCCUAUUGAGCCCUUACUGCAUCAUCAGACAUCCUUGAAUGAUUCAGUAAAUAACAACCAAAUGGAGACCAAAACGUUUUGGUCACUCGAUGAAGAAACUGAUGUUAAAUUUGCAACAACCAAUGUUUUUCCGGCCAAAGUUGCUCCAGCUGAGCGAGAGAGCUCUUCUGAAAGUGAGGAUUCCACGAAUUCAAGUCAUGCAAAUAACCCCUCUACUGAAAGAAGUCGACAUGUUGUAAGGUCUGCAACACCUAGAAGAUCUGCUUCACCAAUGCGGCGCAUCCAGAUAGGCAGAUCUGGUUCUCGUAGAUCAACUACGCUUACCAUUAAGAGUCUUAAUUACUUGCAAUCGAGAGAAACACCUAUAUCUUCUAAUCGAGAUGCUGAUGUAAUGGAGAAUGGGGAUGAGGAACUGGAACAUCUACCAAAGAAGCCUGACAAUAACGUUGGAAGGAUGAGCGUUCAAGAUGCUAUCAAUCUCUUUGAGAGCAAACAGAAGGUUCCAAAUUCAGAUGUUAAAAAAAGUAAGACUUUAGAGGUAUCCAUUGGUGCCAACAAAUCUAUUUUAAGAAGGUGGAGUUCUGGAAUGGGUAAUUCCUUUAUUUGUUCCACAGAAGAACAACCAUCAAAUUCUUGUCAGCAGGUUGCUCAAAGCAAAUUGUAUACCGAAGCAGAAGAGAAUAUGGAAAAUAAUAUGAAGGAUGAUCUUUCAAAUCCAGAAAAUGCUCCCAUAGUAGGUAUGCCGGGAGAAAUUGCCAGGAUCGUUGAAACAACAGUUUCAGAAGGGAUAAUUCCUUCUGAAACUGUUGUUUCAAUGGAAUGUGUGGAUAGAAAAGACCAACCAUCAACAGCUGAUUGGAAUCGGCAGAAAGAGGAGGAAUUGAAUGAGAUGCUUACGAAAAUGAUGAGUAGCAACAGUGAUAUGAAAGUUGGUAAUGAUAUGUUGAAAGAUGAGUCUAUUGAUCAAAGAGGGGGAUUUUACAGUCAAUAUAAUGAGAAAAGGAACCAGAAACUUCGAAAUGAGAAUGCUAGGAAUCAUGCAACAAGGGAAACACAAUUUAAGUUGAUGACACACGAGACACUGGAGAAGAGCAAAGCAGCAAUGACAUCCAAACCCACUGGUUCUGCUGUAAAACGUGAAUUCAGGCAUCUCUCUCAAAACCCAAGGAGAAAUUCUUCUCCCCCUGUUUUAUCUAAGAAAGAAGUUUCUAAGCCAACCAACACAAGGAAAGCUUCUUCUAAUUCAUCAUCUCAGCAUACUCAGAGAUCUUUUCCUUCUGGAUCUUUGAAAAAAUUGGUCGGUACAUUGCCAGCUAAGAGCUCUCCUGUGGUUUCAAGCACUCCAAGCUGCCAAAAAUCCCAGCCUUCAAGUUCUCCAGCUCGGCCUAGUCCCAGAACUAAGAAACCGCUGCAGCAUAUGAAAAGCUAUAACAGUGCCAGUAUUGUCCAAGAUGACAUUAAACCAAUUUUAUUUGGGCAGGAGCAUAAAAUAGUGAAAGUGGUGAAAAAGAAUAGCAUAAAUGUGAAAUCUAGAAGCCCAUUAUCUGGGGAAAAUUGUGGUUCAUUACCGUCUAAACCAAGUGUUCAGAGCAAGAAUACGAGGAAGAGCAGUGUAGUACCACUGGAAUCAAAACCCUUCUUGAGAAAAGGUUCUGGAAUCAUUUCUGUCAAUGGACAUUCAGUUGCUAAAACAAAGGGUACUAGAAUUUCAAACUCAUCUGAUUCCUUAAAGAGCAUUGAAAAGCCUGUCCUACAUGAAGAACUGGAAUCCAAUCCUUCCCCAGCCGGCUCAGCAAUUAAGGUAAUAGGGUAUGAUCUUGCCCAACCAGCAAAUGUUGUUGAUGAAACUUUAGCUGCUCCUCUUGGUAAUGAUGAUGGUAAUAUUGAAACCACAGAGAUUGUAGAUGGGAGUCUGACAAGAGUAGAUAAUGAAGUCAAGAACCCUGUGGAACCUGUCAUUGCUGUGAACCAUCAAGAAGAGGAUCUGGGCAUCUCAUCGGCUGCAUGGGUGGAUGCAGAAAGCCAGGAAUAUUCUCCAUCGUACAAUAAUAGGCAUCAUCACGUUGUUAUUUCUCCUUUGAUUGUACCAGUCGCAUCAUCAAGCCCAAGAGUGCGUCAUUCAUUGUCACAAAUGCUUCAGGCUGACAGUACUGAACUGGAGAUAAUUGAAUGGGGAAAUGCUGAGAAUCCUCCUUCCUUAGUCUAUCAAAAAGAUGUACCAAAAGGGUUGAAAAGGCUAUUAAAUUUUGCUCGAAAGAGUAAGGGAGAGUUAAAUUUGAGCCCUUCAGUAUUCUCUGAAGGAGAUGAAGAACAUGAAGAAUCUAAAGCAGCCAUUAAAAGAAGUUCAGAUGCUCCAUUGUGGAAAACUUCUCUUCAAGCCCAGGGUUAUGGACAGCCAAAAAGAAUAGGCAGUGAGAGCCUAGAUUUGGGGAAGUCCAUUAAAAAGACUAUGGAGCAUAGGGGUGUCCGUGACGACUUAUCAGGUUCUGAAAAGCUUCGAAAUGGCCAUUUGUCAGCUGGAGUAACAGCAACUAGAGCAACACGGUCAUUCUUCUCACUGUCAUCAUUUAGGAGCGGCAAAUCAAACUAGACAAAGCCUCGAUAGCUGUCAAACCUUUUGAAGUUCAUUCUGGAAAGUGAACAACCACUGUUUUCCUACAGGUUUAGAGGGCUUAGAUCAUUAAUUUAUAUCUGCUUGUUUGUUGAUAUCACCUUCCUCUCUAAUUGUUAGUAAAUACUGUUCUUGUUUUGCAGUGCGAUUGUUUGUGUAAAUGCAAUUCACAGGUACAUUAUAUAUUUUCUUGUUUGUACUUGGCCAGUUGAUAAAAUGAAUCCAAAAUUACUUUAAUA